AUGUUGGAAGGGCUUGUUUCCUCGUUGCUUAACCGCUUCUUGGGGAUGUAUAUAAGGAACUUCGACCCGGGACAGCUCAAAGUCGGCAUCUGGUCUGGAGAUGUCACCCUACGCGACCUCGAACUACGGCGAGAAGCCCUGGACCAGCUAAAGCUACCUAUAAACGUGGUUGAGGGACAUCUGGGGAAACUCACAUUGAAGAUACCAUGGUCGAAUCUCCGGGGCCAGCCGGUGCAGGUUGACAUUGAGGAUGUGUACUUGCUUGCGGCACCGAAGGAGGAUGCCGAAUAUGACGAAGAGGAAGAAGAGCGCCGGCGCCAGGCCGUGAAAAUUGAGAAGUUGGACAGUGCUGAGAUGCUGAAGGAUCGCAAUCAAGAGGGCAUGACCCAGGAAGAGCAACAGAAAAAUCAAAGCUUCACAGAAAGCUUGGUCACCAAAAUUGUGGACAAUCUCCAGGUUACCGUCAAGAACAUUCAUGUCCGCUAUGAAGAUUCCAUAUCUGCCCCAGGUCAUCCAUUCGCUCUUGGUCUUACUUUGGAGGAAUUCAGCGCAAUCAGCACAGAUGGCGAAUGGAAGCCCACAUACAUCCAAGAUUCGGCUGGAUCGACACAUAAACUUGCGACAUUGGGCGCACUGGCUGUAUAUUGGAAUACGGAUACUUCUCUGCUGGGUACCGGGAGGCAAGCGGAGGUCGCUGGAGCAUCAGUUGCUUCGCAUGAAGAAAUGCUGGCAGAAUUCAAGGAGAUGAUUGCUAAGGCCGAAGACCCGAAUACUGCGAAUCACCAGUUCAUUCUCAAACCAGUCAGCGGACAAGCAAAGAUCGCGAUUGACAAAUCCGGAAAGAUUGAUCGGCCGCAUAUCAAGGCUAGUUUAAUCUUUCAUGAGAUUGGUCUUGUGCUUGACGACGAUCAAUAUCGGGACGCUCUUAUGAUGAUUGAUUUGUUUCAUUACUUCAUUCGCCACCAAGAAUACAAGAAGCUUCAACCCAAGGAUGUUACUCCAAAGGAGGAUCCUGGUGCAUGGCUUAGGUUUGCUGGUAAUGCGGUGCUAAGUAAAAUCCAUGAUCGCAAUCGGCGUUGGUCAUGGGCAUUCUUCAAGGAAAGACGGGAUGAUCGAAUCCGCUACAUCGAGCUAUUUAAAAAGAAAAAGAAGUCUGCAGAUCAGCUGAACCCCGAUGAAAUAUCUGAAAUAGAGAAGUUGGAAUGGAAACUCAACUACGAAGAUCUCAGAUUCUGGCGAUCACUGGCAAGGAACCAGCUGAAAAAAGAGAACGUCGGGGUAAAGAAGACAGAGCCGGUCCAGCAGAACCAGGGCUGGAUUGCUUGGGCGUGGGGCUCGAAACCCGAAAAGCAGGAAGAAGAUCCUGAGACCACCAUGACUGAAGAGCAGCGGAAAGAGCUCUAUGAUGCCAUUGAGUGGGAUGAGAAGACCGCUCUCGCAGCUGCUGUGGACUUACCGAAAGAGACUGUUAAGAUGCAAAUCGAUGCCUCACUCAAUACCGGCAGCUUUACCCUCAAACGCGACCCUCAUAAGAAAGUGACCGAAGUUCUCAGUCUCUACUUCGAUGACUUCCGCGCUAAGUUUCUCCAGCGGCCAGAAUCAUUCCUCGCAGAUAUUAGUCUUGGUGGGUUGAGGGUCAAUGAUGGAACGACUCCCAAAAGCCUGUUUCCCCAGAUUGUUUGUGUCAAAGACGCCCCGGAUAGACCAGCCCAGAGGACCCAGACUGAGGACCAUGAAAGCGCUGACGAGAUCAUUGAUCCCUUCUUUCAAUUGCAGUUUGAAAAAAAUCCUCUAGACGGCGCGAGCGAUUUGGCACUUACCGGCAAGCUGAAGCCGUUGGAAAUUAUAUGGAAUCCUCAUUUUCUCGUUGGCACUAUACAAUUCUUUAAACCCCCAGAGCGACACAUGGAAUCUAUUGGUGCUCUGAUGGAGACCGCUGGUGCUACUGUAGAAGGUCUUCGCCAACAAACUAGAGCCGGGCUUGAGUUUGCCCUGGAGGAACACAAGACACUCAAUGCCAAACUCGAUCUUCAGGCACCUUUGAUCAUUAUUCCUGAAAGCAUAACCUCAAGAGAUACUGCCUGUUUGAUCGUGGAUGCUGGACACAUCAGUGUAAACAGCCAACUUGUCGACCAAGACACCCUGAAAGAGGUCCAAGCAAAGCAGAGGCGGUCAUACACUGAUGAUGACUAUACACGCCUCGAAUCCUUGAUGUAUGAUAAAUUCUUGGUCAAGUUAUCAUCAACUCAAGUGCUCAUCGGCCCGUCAAUCGAAACUACAAAAUCUCAACUCGAGAAUAGGGACGCGAGUAAAGCAAUGCACAUCGUCGAGAAGAUCAACGUUGACUUUAUCGUUGAAACCUCUAUUAUUCCCAAAGCUCCAAAUCUCACAAAGGUACGGGUAUCUGGACACCUCCCAGUACUCCAUGCUUCAGUAUCGGACCAGAAAUACAAGAGUUUAAUGCGGAUUAUUGAUGUGGCUAUCCCAAAUCUGGAUGAGGAUGACGCUGUUGUUCAGAUGUCAGCCCCAGGCAAAGCGGUUGUUUCUAAGGCUCCAAGACCUCGAGCUCAAAGUUCGAUCUCGAAGCUUGGCAAGACACAUGAGCGCUCACAAUCUGCGUCAUUCAGUUUCGCUGCUCAAGAAGCUAUUAUUAUCCAAGAAGAAUCCGAGGAUGACGAUGAUGAUGAAUUUCAAGAUGCGCCGAGUACGUCCGCGAAUGAGAAGCUUCGGGUGCAGCAACGCAAUUUCGAAUUCAAGUUCGAGGUUGACCGCUUGCAGGGCUCGCUCUUCAAGAGCGACCCUGACAGAAAGAAGGAAGACCAACUCCUUGUGGAACUUGUUGCUGAAAAUUUUGCUCUGAAUCUUUGUGUGCGGCCGUUCGACUUGAUAGUGGAAACAUCAUUGGAAUCCUUAGUUAUUGACGAUUACGUCGAAUCCAACCCCUCGCCGGAGUUUAAAUCGAUUGUCUCAUCUGGCGACGCAGAGUCAGAAAAUCACAAGGAUCUCGUUAGUGUGAAGUUUAUAAAAGUUAAGAAAGCAUCUCCGGAGUUUAUGCCGAAAUAUGAGGGUGUGGAAAUAAACCUCGACAUUGCCAUAACCACCAUCAACUUGGUUGUGACUCGCAAAACGUUGUUGACCCUCCUCGAUUUCGUUCUGGUUACCUUCACGAAUAACGAAUCCGCCAUUACACAGCCCUCGACUCAAUCUGAAGAUAUCUUAGAUAGUGAAAAUGAGGAACAGCAAGUCGUCGCGACACCCAAUACUGGCAGUGGAUCAAUUCGUAUUAAGGUGGAUCUAAAGAGUAUCCGACUGAUCCUCAAUAAUGACGGGAUUCGGCUAGCCACUCUUUCUCUAAAUGCUGCUGAUGUGGGUAUCUUUAUCAUGGGUAAGACUUUACGGGUUGUUGCAAAAUUGGGUAACCUCUCCUUGCUAGAUGAUAUAAAUCAAGGAGCUUCGUCUGAUUCGAACCUACGGAAAUUGAUCACCAUCGAAGGAGAUGACCUGGCGGAUUUCCGCUACGAGACAUUUGACCCCGACAGUAAAGCGGCAUACCCUGGGUAUAACUCUUCAAUAUAUCUCCGGGCUGGCUCCAUCAAAUUGAACUUCCUCGAAGAACCGUUCCGAAAGAUCAUGCACUUUUUGGUCAAGUUCGGGAAGAUGCAGGCUAUCUUUAAUGCCGCAAGGCAAGCUGCUGCGAAUCAAGCCUCACAAAUCCAAGAAAAUGCAAGCCGCAUAAAAUUUGCCAUUAUCAUCAAGACUCCUAUUGUUGUAUUUCCACGUGUCAUGGUUGCUGGCCGCCCCAACCGUGACAUGAUUACAGCCCAUUUAGGAGAAAUAUAUGCCGCGAACAAAUUUGUUCCGUUGGAUGAUUCUAAGGAUGCAGCUAUUGCCAUGAGUCUCUCAGCCGGUAUCAGGAAUACCCGCUUGACUUCCGAUUUCCACUUCUCAGAGGGAAAAACAGAAGAACUGGAGCUCAUUGAUAAGGUUGAUGUUAGCUUCGAAAUGACCUAUGCUGAGCACACGGCAGGGAGCAAGCGACCUGAUAUGGAAGUAAAAGGGAGCAUGACAGAUUUCAACUUGCGUAUCACCCAGACACAACUUAAAUUUCUCUUGGAGCUUGCAAAGUCCGUUCCAGCUGCCUUUGCGGUGGCUUCGGAUGAUGACGAGCCGGAAGCUAUUGAAGAUAUUCCAAAAUCGACCAUGAAGCUGGCACAAUCAAACACUCCAAAAGAGUCCUCUGAUAACGGCGGUGCGCUCGUUGAUUUAGGACCUGAACUCGGAGUAAACUCGAAGAGUUGGACUAAGCUUGAUCUUGCAUUUCAAGUGCACACUAUUGGGUUAGAAUUGAUACUAGCAGAGGAAGACCAACCCGUGGGAGAUCUCGAUUCAUCGAGCCUGUCCAAGUUUUCGUUGGACAAUACUAAAGUCAAACUUCUGAUGAUGACGGAUGAUUCUUUGGAAUCCGAACUGUUAAUCCAAUCGUUUACAAUCCAGGACAGCAGAACUCGAGAUGCAAAUAAAUUCCGAAAGAUCAUGACCUCCUCAAACAAGGACGUUCAACAGUGUAUGGCCAGCGUUACCAUUUCGGGAGGAAAAGAGCGAAACCUUAUUGCCAUGGUCGCUAUUGAUAGCCCUCGCGUCAUUUUCGCUUUAGAUUAUCUUUUCGCCCUCCAAACUUUCGCGACGCAAGCUCUGACUGUCGACGAGCCUCUACUGUCAGAAGAUGACGAAAGCCUGUUUGGGUCCCCCGACGAAUCUGAGACCGACUCAACCCGAAUUGGCGGGGACUCGCGAUUUGUGCCCGUUAGAUCUAAAUCAUCCAAGCAAGAGUCUCCGCCGCCCCAGGAAUCGGCGAUGAGUAUCUCUUUUAGAUUCAACAUGGUUGAUGCUCAGAUCAUAUUGAUUGCAAACCCCCUAAGCUCCAGUUCCGAAGCUAUUGUCCUGGGAACUAAACAGAUCCUCAUGGCACAACAACAUUCUUUGACUCUUCAGGUUAUGAAAAUGGGUAUGUUCCUCUGCAGGAUGGAUCGCUUUGAUGAUAGUCGUUUGCGAGUAUUAGACGACUUCUCAUUACAGAUGUCCAUGGACAGCUCACAAGCUGAUACGACCAAUAUCCACAUUGACAUCGAGCCGCUCAUACUCCGCUUAUCCCUUCGCGAUAUUCUUCUUGCCAUUCAGAUCGUCACUAGAGCUUCUGAACUGUCAGGAGACGAUGAUGAUGGUAAAAAGAAGAUUGCUUCCUCGGAUAAGAAAGCCCGACAGCUCAAGAGCUCAAGCACAAACCCCUCUCUCAGACGGCGAUCAGCAAGCGGCAAGGGUGUAUCUACUUCUGGAAAGAGGACGAAGCCAUCCACUAUUGCGCAUCCCCGAGUAGACAGCCCAGUAUCACAGAGGCAGCUUGUGCGCAAGCACGAGGAGCUCACAGCUACACUAGACGGCAUGAGAGUCAUUUUGAUAGGUGAACUCCAUGAACUACCGAUAUUAGAUCUAAGCGUCAAGGGGUUUUCAGCUACUGCUAAUGACUGGACAACCACACCACGAGCGGAGACAAGUAUCGAUAUGUUCAUUAACAUCUACAACUUUGCAAAGUCUGCUUGGGAGCCUCUAAUCGAGCCUUGGCAGCUUGGUCUGCAGGUUGCAAAGGAGACAACUUCAGAUUGCUUGUCUGUUGAUUUUACCUCACCCAAGUCGCUCGAGCUGACUGUGACCUCUACAACAAUUGCACUUGCUUCCACAUCUGCGCAAUUCCUCACACAGGAUGAGGACGUGCUCUCAAAGCCGCGUGGAGCAGAGGCGCCCUAUCGAUUGAGGAAUUACACUGGCUUCGACAUCGAUGUAUGGGCAGACUUUUCUGAAGGUGAUAACCGUAUUACAGCUAACAUCGAAGACGGAAAAGAGGCGCCAUGGCGAUUCGAGGACUGGGAAAAGAUGCGCGAAAAUCUGUCCCCCGACAAUAACUCUGGGGUCGUUGGGGUCCGGCUUGAGGGAAGCGGGUUCGAUAGCAUUAACAAGAUCGCUAUCAAUCGUGAAGGAGAAACUAUUUACAACCUUCGCCCGCGGAAAAACCAGGUUCUCCAUCGCCUGCUAGUGGAAGUCGAACUAGGGACCGACAAUGUCAAAUAUAUUACCUUCCGCUCACCACUCUUAGUUGAAAACAAAACUCAAAUUCCAGUUGAGCUUGGGGUCUUCGAUGCUCAGGAAGGUCAUCUGCUCAAGAUUGAGAAAAUUGCGCCGGGUGAGAGUCGCCCCGCUCCUGUGGGUGCGGCCUACAUGAAGUCCCUUCUUGUUAGGCCCGACCAAGGGUUUGGUUACACAUGGUCUAGCGAAUCCUUGUUCUGGAGAGAUCUUCUCCAGAGGCCGACAAGGACUUUGACAUGUAAGGGCGAAAGCAACCAGCAAACCCCACCAUUCUAUUUCCAGAUGCAUGCAAAUUUUGACAAGAGCAAUCCUCUUUCCUCCGUUUAUCCUUAUAUGAGAAUUAGACUCUCCGCCCCUGUAGAGCUGGAGAAUCUGCUCCCAUAUGACUUCAAGUAUCGUAUCUAUGAUAAGAAUACGAAAAAGGACUGGACAAACUUUCUACGCAAGGGUGGGCUGAGCCCAGUCCAUGUUGUGGAGCUUUCACACCUUUUGUUAAUGAGCAUCGACAUGCAAGAUACGGUCUUCAAGCCCAGCGAAUUUGCAAUCAUCAAUUCGAAUAACCAGGAAGAUUUCCGCAAGGAGUCAACAUUGGUCUGUAAAGAUAAUGAGGGUCUCCCAUUAAACCUUAGGCUUCAUUACCACAAAAUUCCGGAUGGUGGUGGGGCUUUCCGAGUCACUGUUUAUAGUCCCUACGUCGUUCUGAACAAAACUGGGCUUGAAAUCAACAUCAGAGCCAAGUCUUUCCUACAACAGGCUAAGAAUGCCGCUGGACAAGACUUCCAUACGCGUGGGGCUGAUACUGAGAGGCGUAAAGCUCUCCCCUAUAUGUUUGCCUUUGGUGGGGACGAUCAACGAAAUCGUGCCCUUCUCAAAAUUGGAGAAUCAAACUGGAGUAAACCACAAAGUUUUGAUGCCAUUGGAAGCACUGUCGAUGUUGUCCUACCAUCCGCGAAUAAGAACACCGAGAUUCAUGUUGGCAUCACGGUUGAUUGGGGAGAAGGAAAAUACAAAAUGACCAAAGUUGUCACUCUUGCUCCACGAUUUGUCUUGAAGAAUCGGAUGGAUGAGGAAAUCAACGUUAGAGAGCCCGGCUCAUCUGAGCUCAUGACCCUCAAACCCAAAGCUCUUCAGCCCCUUCAUUUCCUCCAGAAAAGUGCGAGAAAGCAGUUGUCCUUGUGUUUCCCUGGGGUAAACAACCAGUGGUCGUCACCGUUCAAUAUUUCGGACCUUGGAACAACUCACGUAAAGCUAGCUAAGGCCGGCCAACGCCAGAGGUUGAUAAGGAUCGAGGUGCUGAUGGAAAAUGCUACCAUCUUCCUACAUUUCAGUGCCGAGACGAGGAAUUGGCCGUUUUCUAUGAGAAAUGAAAGCGACACAGAAUUCAUGUUCUACCAGGCGAAUCCAAAUGUGGAUGACGACGAUGUGGAAGACCGAUCGGGAUGGCGUCCAGUCCGAUAUCGGUUGCCGCCGAGGAGUAUCAUGCCUUAUGCAUGGGAUUAUCCUGCUGCAAAAAUCAAGGAGCUGGUGAUCAACGCGAAUGGCAGAGAGAGACAAAUAAAGCUGGCGGAGAUCGGGAACUUGAUCCCAAUGAAGAUACCCGCCCCGCACGCCGCAACUGGAGCGAGGGAAUCAAAGAUCAUCGAUCUAAAUGUUACGGCGGAUGGACCUACUCAAACACUGAUCCUAUCAAAUUACAAAGCCUCGAAGAGUUUGUAUAAGCAAAAGUCUCGCUCUGAGUCAACAACCAGUGUUGCGGGAGGCUUCGAGGUCAAGGAUCAGGAUACCGAUAUCACAUUCCGAGUACAGCUCAAGCUUGCAGGAAUCGGGAUCUCUUUGAUCACCGUCCAGUUAAAAGAACUUGCGUACAUCACCUUUAGAGACAUCUCUGUCAAAUACUCCGAAUCGCCGCUCUUUCAAACAAUAUCCUCGGCAAUCAAAUGGGUGCAAAUCGACAACCAGCUUUAUGGCGGCAUCUUCCCAAUGAUUGUGUACCCCAGCGUUGUCCCGAAAAAUACAAGGGAGACCGAAUCUCACCCAUCGGUCCAUUUUCAGGUCACUCGCGUUAAAGAUGACUCUUACGGUGUCCUAUACAUCAAAUAUGCUACAAUUUUGUUGCAACAGAUGACUCUUGAGAUCGAUGAAGAUUUUGUCUUCGCCCUUUUGGAGUUCUCAAAGGUACCUGGAGCCAGCUGGUCUGAAUCUGAAAAAGAGGGCGUUCUGUGUGAUGAAGAUUUGGACAUCCCCGAACCAACUCAAGAGCAAUCGGGUCAAGACAUUUACUUCGAAUUGCUGAAUAUCCAACCGAUGCAGCUUGAUCUGUCUUUCGUGCGUACGGAUAGGGUCAAUGCUGAGGACAAAACGUCGUCAAAGAAUCCGCUGAUGUUCUUCUUGAAUGUCUUGACGAUGGCCAUUGGAAACAUUAACGACGCCCCUGUGCGUCUUAAUUCGCUUAUGCUAGAGAAUGCUCGAGUGUCUGCAGCUGUUUUGGUGCAGAAUAUGUCAAACCACUACUCACAAGAGGCUUUAUAUCAAGUCCAUAAAAUUCUUGGUUCCGCUGACUUCCUUGGCAAUCCAGUUGGUCUCUUCAAUAACCUCAGUUCCGGAGUUGCUGAUAUCUUCUAUGAACCAUAUCAAGGCUUCAUCAUGUCCGAUAGGCCUGAGCAGCUUGGAAUUGGUAUUGCAAAGGGAGCCACUAGUUUUGUGAAGAAAUCCGUUUUUGGAUUCUCUGACAGCUUUUCUAAGGUAACUGGCAGCAUUGCAAAAGGUCUCUCCGAAGCAACGAUGGACAAACAGUUUCAAGAUCGUCGCCGCAUGACAAAGUCAAGGAACCGGCCGAAACACGCACUUUAUGGCGUUACUGCAGGAGCAAACUCGUUUGUUAGCAGUCUUGCAAGUGGCGUUGGUGGUUUAGCUCGUAAGCCCCUUGAAGGCGCUGAACAGGAAGGUGUCGCAGGAUUCUUCAAGGGUGUGGGCAAAGGUGUUCUUGGACUUGCUACGAAGCCUGCAAUUGGUGUUUUUGAUCUGGCUUCGAACGUCAGCGAGGGCAUUCGAAAUACUACCACAGUGUUUGACGCAGAUGCACUUGACCGUGUGCGUCUCGCGCGCUUUAUUGGCACUGACGGCAUUGUUCGCCCCUAUUCCCAGCGGGAGGCUCUAGGCCAGUUCUGGCUCAAGCAGCUGGACAACGGCAAAUAUUUCAACGAACAAUAUAUUGCUCACCUAGAGCUUCCGCGAGAGGAUGUCGUCGUUAUGUUGACAUAUAGCCGCAUCAUGCUUAUCAAGAGCAAGAAGCUAACAAGCGAAUGGGAUGUUCCGUUGAAGGAUAUUCAGACAAUUAGUAAGGAGCGCACUGGGCUGAGUCUCACCUUGAGAGGCGGCACCAAUGGUCCGUUUAUCCCGGUGGCUGAGGAGAGUAGUCGGAAUUUCCUAUAUAGGAAGAUUGGCGUGGCGGUUGGGGAGUUCAACAAGAAGUAUAAAGCGACGGAAUAG